UCAUGAUAAGUUCCGACCGCGAACCUCUGAUAUCUAACAUAUUAAUGUUGCGUUGGGUCGCUCGCAGCUCUUUGGUUUCUGUGCUCACUUAUGAAGCAAAGAGCUAUUAGUCCCCGAACGGUUAUCAGCCGCCACGGUCUUUUCUGCCACUACAGAGGGGAAUAGGGAGACGGGAUAUCGCUGUGGCUGCUUUCUCCGUUUUUCGGGUCCGGACCACGAGUGUUUUAUUUGGUCUCCUGUAACGCACAGUCGUUUGUUUUUGCAUUAAUUUCGCAUCAAGUUGGGAAAGUGUGGAAACCGAGUCGCAGCAGCACCAGUGAGACCCGACCAGUGAGCCUGAAAGUACGUGAUGUGAAUGCUGAACACAGCUUUUUUUUUCCCCCAACUGUUUUAACCGAACUAGAGCAUUUUCUAAUCCAGUUACCUCAGUUAAUACCCAUCGACCUCCUCUAAUUUGAUCUUUUUUAUAUAGAUUGAGAACAUAGACCCGGCAAUUACAGUUUAUUUUUUGACAAAUAGUCGAAAUGGCGUCACUGUAUCAGAGAUUCACCGGUAAGAUCAACACAAACAAAUCCUUCCCCAACCUUCCAGAGGGGAGCCAUCUCCUGGGACAUGGUGUGGAGGGAGAAAAGACGACGGAGAGCCAGCGACCCCAGCAUCAGCAUCAGUACCAUCGGGAGUGUGAGGACGAGGAUGAGCUGGUGGGCAGUAACCCUCCGCAGAGGAACUGGAAGGGAAUAGCGAUCGCCCUUCUUGUCAUUCUGGUCAUCUGCUCGCUGAUCGUCACCUCCGUCAUCCUGUUGACACCAGGUGAGGAUGACCGGCUGGCUUACAAGACCAAACUGACUAUUGGAGACCUCUUCAGAAAAGACUUUAGGAUUCAUGACCCUGAUGCCAAAUGGAUAAGCAAUAAUGAGCUAUUGUACCGUAAUCGUGGGGGUGAUGUCAUCAAGUUCAAUGUUGACACUGAUGAAAAGACCAUCUUGGUGCAUAACAAGAAAUUUGAAAUGUACAAAGCCAGCAAGUAUGAGGUGUCUCCUGACCUGAAGCAUGUGCUGCUGGCGUAUAACGUUGCACCGGUGUACCAGCAUUCCUACACUGCUUUCUACAUCAUCUGCAGUCUGGAGACUCCGGAGACAUGGAACUUGAACCCCCCAGAGGUGCAGAAUGCUCAGCUGCAGUACGCAGGCUGGGGACCCCAGGGUCAGCAACUGAUCUUUAUUUUUGAGAACAACAUCUACUAUCGGUCUACAGUGGAGAGCCGUUCCAUUCGCUUGGUUUCCACUGGCAAGGAGGGCGUUAUCUUCAAUGGGCUCUGUGACUGGCUCUAUGAAGAGGAGAUUUUCCAGUCCUACAUCGCCCAUUGGUGGUCUCCAGAUGGUGCCAGGUUAGCAUAUGCCACCAUCAACGACACCCUGGUGCCUAGGAUGGAGCUGCCGAUGUUCACAGGCAUGCCCUACCCUGUGGGGAGAGAGUACCACUACCCUAAGGUGGGUGAGGAGAACCCAGUCGUCACUCUGUAUGUGGUGAACCUUAACGGCCCUCUUCACACCAUUGAGAUGAGGAGACCUGAAGAUCCCAGGAUCAGUGAAUACUAUGUGACCAUGGUGAAAUGGGCCACCACCACCAAACUGGCCAUCAGCUGGCUUAACAGGGCCCAGAACAUCUCUAUACUCACACUGUGUGAAGCUACAACAGGAGUCUGCACUAAGAAACAUGAGGAUGAAAGUGCAGGAUGGCUGCACAGACAGAAUGAGAGGCCGCUGUUUUCCAAAGAUGGUUUGAAGGUUUUCUUCACCCGAGCCAUUCCUCAGGGUGGAAGGGGCAAGUUCUACCACAUCUCCAUGUCCAUCUCCCAGCCCAACACCAGCACAGACACACUGCAGUCCAUCACCUCAGGAGACUGGGAUGUCACCAAAGUCCUGGCCUACAAUGAGGACAGCCAGCUGAUAUACUUUUUGAGCACUGAAGACGGACCAAAGCGAAGGCAUCUGUACAGUGCAGACACAUUUGGUUCUUUCAACCGCCGAUGUCUAUCAUGUGCCUUGGCCACCAGCUGUGGCUACAUCGAUGGCUCCUUCAGUCACAAUGUGAGCUACUUCCUGCUCAGGUGCCAAGGCCCAGAUAUCCCAUUUGUGGCCAUUUAUAAGACACAGAGAGAUGCCCAGAGUGAGGCGCAGGACAGAGAAAGUAUUGUGGAAGUAUAUAGACUGGAGAGCAAUGACGACCUGAGGCUGAAGAUCAACUCCAUGCAGAUGCCCACAGUGGAGUACAAGGAGAUGAACAUGGAUGACUACACUUUGUCAAUGCAAAUCCUCAGACCCGCUGGCUUUGUGGAGACCUCACACUACCCGCUGCUCCUGCUUGUGGACGGGACACCUGGUGGCCAGAUGGUGUCAGAACAGUUUCACCUGGAUUGGGCCACAGUGCUGGUGAGCAGCUUUGAUGUAAUUGUGAUGCGCUGUGACGGACGAGGCAGCAGCUUCCAGGGCACGAGCCUGCUGCACCGGAUCCACAAGAAACUGGGCGUGUUCGAGGAACAGGAUCAGAGGGAUGCACUCAACUUUAUUUUGAAAUAUCCCUACAUCGACAAAACAAGAGUUGGUGCUUUUGGAAAGGUGUAUGGAGGCUAUGUGACCAGCCUGUUGGUCAGUGGUGAGGGGUCUCCUGUGAAAUGUGGCGCUGUCCUGUCACCCAUUACUGACUUUGAAUUAUAUGCCUCUGCAUUUUCAGAGAGGUAUCUCGGAGUGCCUAAACCUGAUCCAAGGCCAUAUGCGAUGGCAAAUUUAGCUCACAGAGCAUCUGAGUUCAUAGAUAAGAAGUUUCUUAUUGUCCAUCCAACAGCUGAUGAAAAAGUCCAUUUCCAACAUACAGCAAAAUUAAUCUCCCAGCUCAUCAAUGAAAAGGCCAACUAUUCCUUACAGAUCUACCCAGAUGAAGGCCACUUCAUUCACAGUGAAGUAACAAGGCAAUACCUCAGCCAGUCCCUGGUGAACUUCUUUGAGGAAUGCUUCAGGCUACCAGAAAGUGUGCUUGAGGAGGCUCUGGAAGAAGAAAGUGAAGAUGAGGGUUAGUUGGGCCUUUUAGGUCCUCCCUAUCCAUACGAUCAACUGCCUAGCCUACAUCCUGUUCCUAUGCCCAAGCACAACACUGGUGUCCAGUUGUCCACAACGUGCAAGUUUCAUCUGUUCUUGCUCCUUUUGUUUUGGUUCAACUUGCUGCAUUUGGACUCCCUGUGUCUGCAUGCUGAACCUGAAACUGCCUUUCUAGUGGAAGAUGGAUUUACCCUACAUCCAUCCUCCCUUCCUCAUCUGCUGCCCUGUUUGAAUCAAAAAGGCCCCCCCCAGAGGGUUAAAAAAGACUGCUGGCCUGACAUGACGUUGUAGAAUAUACUGAUUUAACAGGAAGCAGUCUCCAUCACAACAGGAUGAUCAGCUCCUCCAAAGCAGUGGAGAGAAAGCAUCAGCUCUCAUACAGACUUAUCAAGCAGUGAGGAGAAAAAACACCUUAUAGCACAUACAGUAACUCGUGGGCCUGUAUAUUCAUCAAAUUCAGACUCCAGAUGAACGGCAGUGUUUCUGAGGGGUGUCUGGAAUUGUGCAGAUACCAGAAAUGUUACUAUUUUUAAAGUUGUGAAGAACUUUUCAUGUUGGACUGUGGUUGUGUUUAUUGUUACAGUAAGUAAAAUAGCACAGAAACAUUAAGUGAUUACACAUUUACAUUCAGUAUUCAUGUUUUCAUUUUAUGUAUUUCAGUGAUGUUGACAGCAUUUCAUAACUAGCAAAAUGUUUGGAGGUAGAAACACCAUGGGUUUCUUAUUGUUCGGUUAAAAAAACUAUAUAUAUAUUUAUUAACUUAUUUUACUCACUGUGCCUUAGAAAACAUCCUGCUGCUGGGCUGCAUUAUAAAUUAAAAGAAAGCCAAUUUUAUAGUAAUAGUUUGACAUUUGUGAAUCAUACUUAUUCACUUUUUUGCAGAGUUACAUGAGAAGAUGGAUACCACUCUUAUAUCUGUCAGAUACAUAUGACGUGACAGUUAAUGGCCUAGCAUAAAGACAUGACUAGCUAAGCUGUAGCUCCUUUGAUCCUUGCUAUUAAUAUGAUUUGGCUUCUGUAUUUACGAAAAGUGUAAAAACUACAAAUCCUGCUUAUAGGAGGUUAUGACCUGGACUAUUAUCUGGCCAGAAGCUGUGACAUUCUGUAGUUGUCAGAAGUGCUGGUAGACAAAUCUUAUGUUUUUGACACAGCCAGAUUAGCUGUUUUCUUCCUAAGCUAACAUUCCACAGACAUGGGAAUGGUAAGUCUUUUCUUCUAAUUUUCAUCAAAAAAGCAAAUAAGCACAUUUCUCACAAUGCCUAACUGUUGAUUUAUGUCUGUAAACAGAUGAAUUAUUAAAAUAAGUUUAAGGUG